AUGCUGAAAGAGAGUAGAGCAUACUUUAGGUGUGGUUCUCUCAACCACUUCCUUAAAGAUUGUCCAGAGCGAAAUAGCAGGGAGAUCGAGCCAACUCUGAAACCGAAUGUUUCUGUCUCUCAAGGAAAGCCUCCAAGAUAUCCCGAAAGUAGCAACGGUGGUCGUAAUGUUGCAAAGGACUCUACUACCAGAUCAGAGGCUCGAGCUCUGGCAAGAACUUAUGCUAUACGCACUAGAGAGGAAGCCUCAGCUCCUGAUGUCAUUACGGGUACAUUCUCUUUUCAUAAUGUACAUGUUAUUACCUUGAUUGACCCAGGAUCGACCCAUUCGUAUAUUUGCAUGAAAUUGGAGUCUAGCAUGAAUAUGUCUGAAGAACCUAUGGAGUUUGUGAUUAAGGUGUCGAACCCUCUAGGCAAGUCUGUAUUACAAGAUAAGGUUUGUAAAAAUUGUCCUUUCACAAUCCAAGGUCAUUGUUUUUUGGCUAACCAUAUGCUUUUGCCCUUUGAUGAGUUUGAUGUAAUACUUGGCAUGGAUUGGUUAGCUGUGCAUGAUGUGAUUGCAAAUUUUGGUAGCAAGUAUAUUGAAUUGAAAUGCUCAGAUAGUGAAAUUUUUCGAGUUGAUUCAAGUGAGUUGAAUACACCACCGGUUGUGAUUACUUCAAUGAUGGCUUAA